UGAACCAGCCCCAUCUUUUUAGAUUUUUUAGAUCAAAGAAACAGUAUUUAUGCAAGGUAUAGAUUAUGGAGAACUACAAUGAUGCACAUCGGCUAUUCCUACAAAUUUUUAUUUCCAGAAAGUUAAUGUUAACUGAUGACGCUUUGCAGUUAUAUUUGAAAGUGGGAGAGCAAGUUGAAGUUGACACUCCUCCAGACGAGUUUUUUAGUUUUGUUAAAACUAUAAACAAGAAAUUAGAACCACUUUUGAUGGAGUUAAGACAAGGAAGAGCUGAAGAAUCUGGAGAAAUGUUUUAUGCACUGGUUAAUUGCUAUGAAGAUGAACAUUCGAAGCUUGCAACAAAUUUUUUGCCACAAGAAAUUGAUUACAUAAAGAAAGUGAUUGAGCUUAUUGUGCUAUCUGAUGAAGGUGUAGUGUCUUCAAUCGAUUUAAUCAAUGCUGGUCAUGAUUUAACCAAACGAAUAACGACACACGCAGCAGAGGAAAUUUUGAGUCAGCUUUCAUCAGAGAGAUGGCUUGUCGAGCAUCAUGGCAAAAUAUCACUGGGAGCGAGAGCUGUCAUUGAAUUGGGCCAGUACUUAAAAAUGAAAUUUAAAGAUCACAUAAACGAAUGUACUCUAUGUCACGAUUUUGUCAUAUCGGGCGACAUGUGUAUUAAUUGCGGUAUCAAGAUUCACAAGUAUUGUGCAGCUACUAACUUCACAAAUAUACAUGCUUCGAAACGGAAAUGUCCUUCCUGUAAAGAAGUGUGGGAGAAUAAUCUUAUGAAGUUACCAAAAGUAGGGACAGUGGUGCAGCUGGACAAGGUGUGGUGUUUUAUUUCACUCGUGUACAGAAAGGUCGGAUGAUCAAGCGAUUGACUCGUUUUCCCCGACAUAUUUGUUAUUUAAAUAUAUCAAAUUUAAAAGUCAAACUUAUCUGCUUAUGUCUUAAGUAUACCCUUU